AUGAUUGCUCAAGCCGUUCGAGUUCCAUAUGCAAAUUCAUUUUCUACUGUGAUAUUAUCCGGGUUCGGAAUCACCGCAGGCGCACACCGUUUGUGGUCUCAUAGGUCAUACAAAGCGACUUGGCAAUUGAGGACCAUACUCAUGUUUCUCUUUACCAUCACUGGACAGAGGGAUGCUUACACAUGGGCCUUAGACCACAGGGUCCAUCACAAAUAUUCAGAGACGGACUCGGACCCCCAUAAUGCAAAACGUGGAUUUUUUUUCGCCCAUGUGGGUUGGCUUGUUCUAACUCCACAUCCUAAUGUUGUACUUAAAAGGAAACAGGUUGAUAUGAGUGACUUGGAAGCCGAUGCAGUAGUCAUGUGGCAAAAAAGGUUUUACAUCCCUCUAUUCGCCCUAUUGGCAAUAGGUUUACCAGUUUUGGCACCUUGGUAUUUUUGGCAAGAAGACCUUUGGGUUUCUUUUUGGGUCAAUUUUAAUUUUAGGUUCUGUUUGACUCUAAAUAUUGCAUUUUUUGUGAACAGUGUUGCACAUAUGUGGGGCCAGAAACCUUACGACAAAAAUAUAAGUCCAGUAGAAAAUUUAGGGGUUGCAAUUGCAGCCCUUGGUGAAGGUUGGCACAAUUAUCAUCAUGUUUUUCCAUAUGAUUAUAAAACAGGUGAACUAGGAGGGUACACUUUCAAUCCUACAACAGGCCUCAUAGAUUUCUUUGCAAGAAUAGGAUGGGCGUACGAUCGUAAAUCAGUUUCCAGAAGAAUGAUAGUCCGAAGGGCCCUUAGAUCAGGUGAUGGGUCUUUUAUUUUAGACCCACAUGCCGAAGAGACCCAAAUUUGGGGCUAUGGGGAUGUCGAUAUGGACGAACAGGAUAUCAAAGACCUAAUUUUUCCAGAUCAAAAAAAUUUGGAAAAAUUAGGAAAAAAAUAG